CUUUUUCUGUACUUGCCAAAGAAUCUGGGAUUUGCCACUGUCACAACCUACAACCAACUCCCGCGUUUACAAAGCAGCAACCCUUGUGCAAUUCCACCAUAAACCCUUUGAAUCCCAAAUCCCAUUGUCACCAAUAUGGCAAAACCAAAUAUUUCAGACUCAGAAACUGAAGAAAGAAACUCAGACUCAGAGGAAACUGAGUCUGACUCCCCAGUGGAACCCCAAAGAAGUGGAAAACAGAAUGAGUAUGAGAAACAAAGAAUGAAGAGAAUUGAAGAAAAUAGAGCAAGAUUGGAGGCUAUGGGUCUUAACAAAAUGGCUACUUCUUUAAUGGCUUCUUCCCAAAAACCCCACAAGAAAGACAAGGAUAGAAAGGGGAAAAAGAAAGUGGUUGAUGAAGAUGAAGAUUAUGAGCCAGCACUAAGUGAGGAUCUUUCUUGUGAUACUGGUGGGGAGGAUGAACAAAAUGAUGUUGAUUAUGAAGUUUCAAAGUCCCAAUUGAAAAAGUCAAAGAAAAAAACUCAAACUCCUAAGAAGAAAGUUUCUAACACAACUGUACCAACUGGCACUGACUUUGUGGACGAUGAUGACGACGACAUAAUGCAGGCUAUUGCCUUGUCACUACAAGGUUUGGCAGGUUUUCCGAAUGUUGCAACUAAAGUGGCUUUGCCAGGUACUGAUGCAUCUUCGGCUAAUAAGGCCAGUAACAAAAAAGCUUCUUUGAAAAAGGCCAGUAAUGAAAAAAAAGUAGGUUCCUGCAAUCAGGAAGCUACUACUGGGAAAAGGAAGAGAAAACUGCAGCAGACAAGACACCGAGUGCAGAUGACUGAGGAUGACUUGAUUAUGCAUUUCUUUCAGUUUGAUGAAGCUGGAAAAGGAAGUAUAAAUCUCAGAGAUCUACGGAGAAUGGCAGUUUCCCAUGAUUUUACAUGGUCAGAUGAGGAGAUGACAAAUAUGAUUCGUUGUUUUGAUUCUGAUGGAGAUGGAAAGUUGAGCCUGGAUGAUUUUCGCAAGAUUGCGGUCAGAUGUAAUAUGAUACAAGGUUCUCAAGAUGCUGCUUGAUGAUGCAUGCAAAGAGUACUUAAAUCUUCUGAGGAAAUAGAUGACUUGAAAUAGAAGGUACUCAGAAUCUCGCACGGGGUGAAUUGACACUUGCAAUGGGCUUCAAAGAUGGUUUUUGAGCUUGGAUUUAGAAGAAAAUUGAUAUAAAAUUUUGUUCAGAAUGGAAAGAAAAGGGUAUUGUAUGUUUAUACUUGCACAUUAGGACAAUAGUUAAUUUCUUCUUCUUGUUUUAUUCUGAAUUCGUCCAUGACAACAUGUUUUAUGGGCGGGCCCCUGUAUAUUGGAAUGCAAUGACCUCACAUUAACUUUCUGGUCGUAGGAUGAUAUUAUUCUUGUUUU